AUGCUGGCGCCGUUACCAGAAGAUGUGGUCUUCGAGAUACUCUCACGGGUGCCGGUGAAGUCGGCCUGCAGAUUCCGGUGCGUGUCCAGCGCGUGGGAUGCCCUCAUCACCGGCCCGGCGUUCGUGGCCGCGCACAGAGACCGCACCGAGCCGCUGCUCCUCUUCCUCGCUGCCGACUCCUCCGAUGAAAACACCAGAGACCUGCGGCUGAUGGACACGGACGGCAACGUCGUAAGAGUUAUCAACAGGCCCGGUGUCUGCACCUACGGCUACCGCCUCGACGGCACGGUCUGCAUCACCAAUGAUUAUCUUGGCGUCCAGUCGGUCAUCAACGCCAUUGAUCUCCCCACCGGGGCUGUGACGAGGAUCUCUAUGCAGUGGAACAGGGAAUCCUUCUGGGAUCUCAACGUCGGUUGUGCCGCCCCGUCUCGCACGUACAAGGUGUGA